AUGACCACUGCGAUGGGCCUAUCAGUCCAUCAAAACUUGCUGAAACUCGUCAACAGCAUGGACGCCUCGACUGACAUCAGCGUCAACUACGUCCUUCUCGACGAACAUCGCCGAGACACUCCCCCGAGACAUCCGACUUACCUGGAGAUGAUCAAGGUUCAAAAGAUUGAAGAGAUUUGGAAAUGGGAAAGCUUCCAGACGGCCAUCGAGACGCUGAACAGGAACAGCAACAAGAGAGGCAUCUCCAAAGCCGACAUCCUCAAGUACAUCGCCCAGAACUAUCAACUCGGAGAGAGCAUGCCUGAGGUAAUUCUUGUUUUAGAGAAUUAAUAAGUAUGGUUUGUAAAUUUUUGAAAAAAAAUAUCAUUUUUAACAGAGUUUUGGCUUGAAAAAGUCUGGAAUCAUUAAUUAUUUCCGGAAAUACCUGGAAAAAUUUUUAGUGGCCACUAUAGAGUUUUGACAUUUUGAUGGCGACUAUAGUAGUCAAAUUAAGGGCCACUUGAGGGGUUAAAAAUUAGUGGCCACUUUAGAGGUCAAUGGAUCAACAUGACUGGUCCAAUCUGUUAGUUUUAAAAUUAUCAGAGUUACUGGAAGGAAUACUGGAUGAAAAACUACUGAAGUGGCCACUAAAUAGAGAACCUCUUAGUGGCUAAUAAAACGGAAAAUAGUGGCCACUAUAGAGGUGGGUUUAGUGGCCACUUUAAUGUCCUCUCCAAGUAGUCCCUGGCGAGCCUCUAUAGUGGCAACUAAAAAUUUUCCCAGACAGAGAAAAAAAGAAGCUACAAGACUUAUUUUUACCCCGUUUCAGUUACUUGAAGUCAAUCGAAUGGGACUCAAAUUUAACUCUGUCUUCUGAAAAAUCUUUGAAAAUUGAAAAGCUUUCAUGUCCUUCAAACACAACUCAAAGCAAAUCUGGGUUAAAGAACCUCGGCAAACGCGCCACACUUCAAAAUUAAAAUAAAAUGAUUCCCCAACAUUCGCUAAAGCCUUCAAAACUCGUAGAGGAGUUUGUUUCCUUUUCCAGCCCUGAGGAUUCAAAAAAGAAAAAAACGCGUAUCUCUUCGAAAAGAUUUGGUAGGUUUUUUACAGGUAAACGGGUUAGUCCGUGACGUUCUUAACGAGUCCCUGGAGACUGGCGAAAUCGUACAGAUUCGCCGUAAUGCUUCCUGGUGCCAAGCACCGCUCUUUUGCACUUCUGAGAUUGAGAACGUGAGGCGUUUUUUGUUGAUUUUGUGUGGUUUGUCUUGUGAAAUGCAUUUUUUGUGUGUUGAGAUGGUAAAUUCAUAGUUGAGAAAUAAAAUAAGUAACAUUUCAAGUGAGCAAGGCGAUUUUUGAAAGACCUUUUUGAGCCCAUUCUUCGUCAGUUAGUUCUUUAAUCUUUUGUCUUUUUCUUCUCAUAUUAAUAUUUCUCAAAUCAUGAAAGAAAAGAGCCGCCACUAAAUCAUGCAACUGAGGUGUCAAAAAUAACCCAAAAAAGUGUCAGGAAAAAAUUAUCACUUCAACUUUUUUUUCACAGUAUUUAUGAGAACCAUCAAGUAUCUGUGAAACUUUCCGACUUUGCCUAUGGGAUUUUCGUCACCUGCGAAAAAAUAUAACACCUUCGUGUCUACAAUGUGUGUCUCAGUUAAUCAGAAGGUGUUUAUUGGUUCUCAAAAAUGCCAUUACAGAGGCGAAAGGUGAGAAUCCCUGAAACUGAGGCCGAUAUGGAGCGCAAGAAGAGCCUCCAACUCCAAAUUCCCAUUGAGAUUCCUCUCUUGAAGAAAAUCGUCAAUGAGGAAGUUACCACUGCUAAACGCAACAUCGGAACGAAAAAGACUCAGGUAAAGGCGUUAUUUGAAAAAGGACCGGUGAAAAAAAAAAUGGUUUUUCUGUUUUGCCAAUGAACAAAGCAGUAUUGAAGUUGACGUAUUUUUUUUUUUCAAAAUUUAGCUGUUUAUAAAUAUCCAAUCAUUUUUGAUAACCUUUAUUUUUGAGUUCAAAAACUAUUUCAAAUGUUUACUGUGUCUAGUAGAGCUUUUGAGCGACUUAAUUGUUAGUUAAGACGGCUCUUCGCUUCGAAAAAUUCCUGAAAAACUGCUUUAAAAACCUUGGCCAGCAUUUUUGAAUAGACAUUCUAAAUUUUUUUGAAUUCCUAGAAGACUUCGAGCCUUUGACCCAUUUCGGACAAACCUUAGCCGUUAAUUCUUAUGCAUUCGCGUAUUAAUUUACGAGAGUCGAUUCAGAAGAAAACUGGGCCCAAGAAACGUCCGGCGAUCACCAAAAAACGCUCCCAGCCGACGAAGAAAGCGCCUAACGCCAAGAGGGCCAAGAAAUCUUCGACCAAGGUCCCGCCUCCGACGAAAAUGAUCCUCCGCAGUACCUUCCGCUCGUAG